AUGAGUGCCAACAAUCAAUCGCCCAGCGGCAUGCUUGGAACUUACCUGUACAAUACCGACACCCUCGCUGAGCGCCCAGCCCAGACGCAGAAUCGCAAGAUUCGAGAUUCGACCAGGUCAUGUCAGUCUGCAUGUCAGCCAAUGAACGCAAUAGAGAAGAGUCUGUCAAGUGAUGACGCCCUAGCGCGCCUGCUGGACAGAGACAUGAAGGCCAGGACGGACCCGGUCCUGCUCCGCGAUGCAAGAGAAAACCAACAAGGUUCGUCGGUCCCUUCACUCACUGAGAUGCCUCGACCUAAUAGACACAAAUAG